CUUUGUUUUAUUUCAUGUUGCUGUUUUUCAGAAUGGCGUAUUUAUUUCAUGAAGAGCUUUUUCAGCAGAAUGGGUCUAUGUGUCAAUCAGUGAAGGUGGGCGGGAUCUAAACGCUCAUUGGCUCAUCCAUGGAAAUCGACUCAUAUUCCUGGAUACCUGCUCUGCGGUGUGCCAGUUACAAACUAAGAUGGCAUAUUCUGGCGACAUCCGCAGGGCUUUGUUGACAUUAGCCGAUCAAAUGGAGGGAAACAAUCUUUCGACAGACGCUAUUUUGAGUCGUUUGGAUGACAUAUUUGAAAUGCUCAGCUUAAUAGUUGCUGCAGAAGAUGCAGACAUUGACGAUUCAGUUUUUGCUAGUUUAAGAGCAAUUGAGCACCGGGUUCACGUGGACCGCACCACGGAGGAGCUUUCUUUAAGCACCGGUCGUCCACGUCUUGAAGUUCCCGUGGAAACCCUCAGGAGUCUCGUUCUCUGUGGAAUGACCACUAAAGCUAUUGCUAGCAUGUUAGCCGUGUCUGAAAGCACUGUUCGGAGGAGAAUGCUUGAAGAAGCCUUAAGGAAAUCUGACAGGUAUUCAUCAGUUGGUGAUGAUGAAUUGGAUGCCAUAGUGUUGGAGAUUCAGCAUUGUUACCCCAAUGCUGGCUGCAGGAUAAUGAUGGGACAUCUCCGAUCCAGAGGCAUACAUAUUCAAAGAUCUCGACUGGCAGAUUCACUCAGACGUGUCAAUCCAGAGGGAGUCAUGAUGAGAAGACUGUCCAUUCAGAUUGCAAGGCGCCGUCAGUACAAUGUGCCAGCACCAAAUCACCUCUGGCAUAUAGAUGGAAAUCACAAGCUAAUCCGAUGGAGAGUAGUCGUCCAUGGUGGAAUAGAUGGUUUUUCAAGGUUGGUUGUCUACCUUAAUGCUUCUACAAACAACAAAGCCACAACUGUUUUCAAUGGGUUUUUGGCAGCAGUCAGCCAAUAUGGAGUACCAUCACGAGUCAGGUCAGACAAAGGAGGUGAAAAUGUGAAGGUAGCUCAUUUCAUGGUCCAGACAAUGGGGCAGAACAGGAAUUCUCAUAUUACUGGCAGAAGUGUGCACAAUCAGCGAAUUGAACGUCUUUGGAGGGAUGUGUAUGAAAAUGUCCUGGACCUUUUCUACACAAUCUUUACUGAGCUGGAGAUUCAGGGACUGCUCAAUCCUGGCGAAGAAAUUGACCUUUAUGCACUGCACAGAUGCUUUCUUCUUCACAUUCAACAGCAUCUUCACGCAUUUGCACAAGCUUGGAACCAUCAUGGACUGAGAACGGCAAACAACCGCUCACCCCUGCAACUCUGGCUACAGCAUAGAAGAGAAGGGCAUUACUUUUCACAGGUGAAUGAGGACUAUGGCGUGGACUGGACAGGACCAUAUAAUCACCGUCCAUCCACUGAGGUCACUGUUCCUGAGAUCCAGCUUCCACAUACAUUGACUGAACAAGAACUUUCAGCAUUGCCAAAUACCAAUGUUCCUCUAUCUCAGUCUUUGCAAGUUUACUUGGAAACUAUUCAUGCACUCAAAAUGAUGUUUUAAAAACCUUUUAUUUGUGACACAAGUACAUGUUGAACCACUGUUGUCUUAUAUAAUUCAGUUCUAUCUUGAACUUUGAUUAGUUGUAAAUGUUAUUUUAUGUGUUUUAAAGUAAAGAAACAGAGUGUGACCAGAAAUU